GCCGUCUCGCGGCGAUCAGCCUGGAUGCGUCUCCCAGCUCUGGAUUUAUGGCACGCAGCUGUUGAGCGCCUGACAGACGAGUGAGGAGCUCGAGCGCUGCUGCCUCUCAAGCUGCUGGGAGCAGCUCAGGAUCUGCUGCUUUGGAAAAAGGACUGCUGUGCCUCAACACGCAACCCAGAUGGUUCGGGAGCAGUAUGUCAGCACCACCCAGGGCGUCAGCGCCCCCCGGCCCGUGCCCGACCACAUCUACAAGAUCGGCAUCUACGGCUGGAGGAAACGCUGCCUCUACCUGUUUGUGUUGCUCCUCAUCGUCAUCCUGGUGGUCAACUUUGCCCUCACCAUAUGGAUCCUCCGGGUGAUGUGGUUCAACGCGGAAGGAAUGGGACUCCUCCAAGUACACCCCGAUGGAGUAAAGCUGGAAGAAGGCGAGUCUGAGUUUCUUUUCCCGGUCUAUGCUCAGGAGAUUCACUCCAGAGAAGACACUCCCCUAGUUGUGCAUUCAUCAGAAAAUGUUUCCCUUAAUGCCCGCCAUGAGAAUGGGAACGUUACGGGGAGGACAUCUGUGGGUCCCAAAGAGGCUCAGGGACACACUCACAACAUGCUCUUAAACUCCCCCAACAACAACAUGCUGUUCAGUGCAGAUGGCGAGCAGACUUUGAUUGGUCCGGACAAACUCCGAGUCACAGGUCCUGAAGGAGCUCUGUUCCAGCAUUCUGUGGAGGUGCCGCUGCUGAAGUCAGAACUUUUGAAAGACCUGAAGCUGGAAUGCCCGACCCGCUCUGUGACAAUGGACGCACCAAAGGGAGUUCAUCUCAAAGCUCUGGCUGGAAACAUAGAAGCUGCUUCCAACAUGGACGUCAUCCUGCAGUCGACUUCAGGGCUGCUGGUGCUGGAUGCAGAGACGGUGCGCAUGCCAAGCCUGCCGCUGAGCAAAGGAGGCGUUUCUGGAAAUACUCAGGAUCUGUUUGAGGUCUGUGUCUGUCACAGUGGAAAGCUCUUUCUGUCCAAAGCUGGACGAACUUCCACCUGCAGCGAAAAUCAGGACUGCUAGGUGGACUCUGACAGUCAUCAAUUUUCUUUCUCUCUCAAGAAGCAUCUUUUGGGAGGCAACGAGCACAACUGUUUAUAUGGGGCUCAAGUUUUCUUCCUUUUCUUUUUUUAAUGCUCAGACCCAAGUGGGUCUGCAAUUUUCCCACUUACACAUUAAGCUGUGUAAAAAUUAAAAAAUGCAUCCUGCCACGCCCCGAAACACAGCCUCUUGCAGUUGAAGUAAUGUGGGUCUAUUGAACUAUUGAAGUGAUGCAAAUUUGCGUUCCAGCUUAAAAAUAUGUGCAUCACAGAUUUAUGAGAAUGUUUUUACACAUGCAGUAUUAUGGCUGGGCAAUGAGGAGCUGGUAACAGCUUACAUCCUAUGCAAUAUUAUCUUGUGGUGCAAUAAAUUAAGUUAAUGCAUAUCAAGGCCUUGGAAAACUGGGACAUAAAUUGUAUUAGAUUUUUUUAAAUUCUAGAAAUAUUUAUUUUAGUUAAUGAUGCCUUCAUCCAAUACUCCAAGCCCUUGGUAUGUGGUGUUUUUUUUGUUUUUUUUUUUAGAAUUUAGUGUUACUUUAUUUAACUACAGGAGGGAUUGGAAAUGGUGGUUUGGAAUUUUGAGUUUGCUAUAGACAGUUUAGAGACUAGAGGCUUUUCUUUCCCUUCUUUUAAGUGAAUUCUAAGUACAGUUAUGUGAAGUGACUCUAUCGUUGUUGCUAAUUUUAAAUAAGAAGAACCACAUGAUAAGUUCAUCAACACAUAUAAUGGAUCUUUCUCAUGGUAUGUUUUGCCCAUCUUAUUUUAGAGCUCCUUAUAUAACCAAGGAAACCACAAGAAAGUCACAAACAGGCCUGUUUGUUAAUUUGUCAAAUAUAAAGUCAAAGGAAGCUAGUAGAGACAAUGGAAACAUUAAGUUUUACCACAGCGACAUGGAGGUAGAAACAAAACAAGAGUAACAAACCUUAGUCAGGGAUAUUUGAAUGAAUAAAGGAGGAAAUGAUUGUUUAUAACUGAGUCAGUGCUUUGCAUCAGAUGUGUUUUCUUUUAACACAUUGUGCAGACCAGGAGCUCAAUAUUUGCCUUCACUGUAUGGAUGGAAGUGUCUGUUUGCAGCAUCUGAAAUAUUUUUUUUAAAGGUAAAUGUUUUUGUAAUGACGGUUUUUGUGAGUGAAGGAUUGGUGUAUUUUACAUGCCUGUUUUUAUCGCAGUUUUUUGUAUUGAUUGUGCUGUGUUGGCAUUGUAAUAUGAAAAUAAGGGAGAAUAAAGGUGAUAAGCAGUUCUCACCUCAGGUCUGUCAUAUUUUAACAAAUGUAAUGUUUAUUUAUUCAUUUUAUAUGUGAAAUAAAUGUUGGUUUGCUUUUAUUUA